AUGCUGAAGGUUUAUAGCGGACCGCGGUAUGGGCCGGUCACACAUAAGGGUCUCAAGUACGACCUAGUUGGGCGCCCAGACUAUAGCUUAUGGUAUGGCGACGAGGAAGACGUCGCAGUUAGUAUUGUUGUAGUCGAAACCAAGGGUGGCGCAGGUCCAUCAACCGGAGUCUCACAAACGCUUGGCUAUAUGGGUUACGUGCAUAGACGUCGGAAGGACCUCCAGAAAUUGGAUUCAACCGUAUACGGUGUCGUGUCUGACGGCCAGUGGUGGUGGACGGAGCAUAUAAUUCCUGCUCGUCUUGGUAAUUAUCAGGAGGUGCUAGGUUUACUUGUGCAUAUGUUCCGUACUGCUGCGAGUCUGCGACCAUGUCUCCUAUUCAGUCAGAGAAGAUAUCAGUCCAGACCAAUUCAACAGAGUCGUCUGGUCACUGGUGCUUUGUACAUGGGGUUUGAUAGAGGUGUUGCACUUUAUCAUUCAUAG